AUGGGUUGUGGUUUGAGUAAUCAGGUCGGUGAUCGGCUAGGCGGUAGCCCGGGAGGGACGUUGUCACCGAAGAGAAUUAAUCCUGGAUAUACGCAUAAUGUAGCGGUACCUAGUGAGGCACAGAGGAAAACCUUAGACGCCAUCUUAGCAGGUGAUAUGGAAAUAGCAUGUCCAUCGAAUGCAAAAAUUGUACGCAUCUUCACAAGUUCCACAUUUACAGAUACUCAGCACGAACGCAACGCUUUGAUGGAAAAGGUUUACCCAAAACUGAAGGCUUUUUGCCAGGAACGAGGAUACGAAUUCCAAGUGGUUGACAUGAGAUGGGGAGUACGGGACGAAGCUACAGAUGAUCACAUGGCCACUGAGUUAUGUUUGAAAGAAGUAUUGGAUUGCAAAAAGGUGUCUACUGGUCCAAACUUUGUGACGUUUCUUUCACACAAAUAUGGAUAUAGGCCGAUGCCUCGAAUGAUAGCAAUUGACGAGUUAGACAACGUUGUUAUAAAAGUGAAUGAAGAUGAACGGUCACUCAUAGAAAGAUGGUACAAAAAAGAUACAAAUCAUGUCCCGUCAAUGUAUGUAAUGCAGCCGGUCAGUCGUAUCAUCCCAGACUUUAUAACGGGGGAUCAAAAGAGAAAUGAAGAAGCGAAGUCACAAUGGUGGAAUGUGAUGCAGAAAUUACGACAAAUAUUUAUGAGAAACGUUGAUGGUGCACUCAAAGAUAAAUACAGAUUUUCUGUUACGGAGAACGAGAUUUGUCGCGGAAUUCUGGAAUCUAGUGACGCAGCACAGUCGACUAUAUGGUAUCACCGUGUAUUCCAUCACAUUACUAUGGACAGAGACAAUCCCCAGUUGAGCCGACAUGUCGAUACUAUGGAAGACGAUUCGUCAGUCUUGUUAAAUUCCCUGAAGAACAAACUUGCAAACGUUUUGCCAGAUAGAAACAUACAAACGUACAAUUUGAAAUGGAGCAAAAAAGGAUUUGACCCUGUAGCAGUCAAUGACCACAGAAAAUACAUCCAGCAGUUCUGUAGUGAUUUCGAACAUCAAAUGCAGGAGUUAGUGGUACAGGCUAUUUCUGAACGCGUACACUUCGAUUCGCUUGAUCCGUUGUACGAAGACAUUAUUCAACACGUCUCCUUUUGUCAAAAUAAAUGUGAAGCAUUUCAAGGACGGGAAGAUACUCUUUCAAUAAUUGAAAGUUAUAUAAAGAACAGUGCACACAAACUGCCUUUGGUUAUACAUGGACCCUCAGGUUCCGGUAAGACGUCCAUCGUUGCUAUGGCAGCCAAGAUGACUCGGAAAUGGACGACUGAUAAUACCGCAAUCGUAAUAAGAUUCUUAGGUACGACUUCUGCAAGCUCCAGUAUAAGAAGUGUACUUUACGGUCUUGUCAAACAGAUAAACAUCAUAUACAAGUUAGACAAUAGGGUGCCAGAGGAUCUUAAACAGUUAAUUCGAUCUCUUCGCGAACAAUUGACGAACGCUAGCGAGGAGCGUCCACUUGUGAUAUUCCUGGAUUCGUUGGAUCAAUUAGAUACAGGUGAUGGGGCCCAACAGUUGGCAUGGUUACCAACAGACUUACCCAAUAAUGUAAAGAUAGUAUUGUCGACUUUACCAGAAGAAAAGUACGAAUAUUAUCCUAGAUUAAAGACCAUACUGCCCUCUAGUGACAACUUUGUGGGAGUACCCGAACUGGCUGAGCAAGAUGUGCAGGAUAUCAUCCAGAAAUGGUUUUCCAAUGAAAACAAAACGUUGACUGACAAUCAGAUGCAAGUGCUAGUUAAUACCUGCCAGCGAUGUCCAAUUCCAUUAUUUUUAAAGAUCUCAUUUGUCGAAUCGUGUCGGUGGUAUUCCUAUAGUGAUAUGAAUGAGACUAUUCUGCAGGAGACUGUCCGUGACGCCAUUAUUACUCUGUUUGAACGAAUUGAAAAGAACCACGGCUCGAUUAUGGUUAGCCGGGCACUGGGGUACAUUACGGCAG